AUGGACGACUUUCCAGCGGGUAGCCUGGACCAUAAUGUCCCAUUCCUCGUCGUCUUUGGCCUAGGCAAUGCUUCCUCUACUACAAAGUCUUCUCUAGCCGAUCCCAGCUUAAGGGAACAGGGCAUUCUCGUUCGAUCAGAGCUACCCCUUAUAGAGAGCCGCGAGGCAAAGAUCAUCCUUCGCUGCAUCCAAGAGAAGGACGCCACUGACCUCCCAUGGAACUCUCGAGACGCGUCAAGGAAAUACAAAUUUAAGAUUGACACUGUUGGGAGGGAAUUCCUGCUGCCGCCUCGUCGUGCACGCCUUCCCGAUAAAUUCGAAGCGCCUUCAUCACCAUUAAUUCUACAUUCUCCAUUUUCACCCCUUAGUCCAGGUUCUAGCCUAUACCCAGAUGGCUUAAUAGAUACACAGUGGAUUCAAAAGCACCAGGACCUCAUACCCAGCGUGUGCCUGGCUUUUUAUAGCUUGACCUCGGAUCCUACGCUUGCGACCCUACACGAUAAUCAGCUUAAGGCAGACAUAAAUGCUGUCAAGAAUGCCAUUGGGCAAUCUGGUUAUAAAUGUCGCUUCGUUGCGGUUAUCCUUAGCGACCAGUCGCCAAGUUCCAUAGGCCAGUUUGAAGAAAGACUAGGCAAUAUUAGGAGAACCACGGGGUUGGACCCAAAAACCUCACUGUUUGUCCUGCCUACCCAGCGUACUACAGUAGACCUAGAAAACGCAGUCGACAACGUGCUGACCGCGGUAUUCGACCAAGCGAUCGAAUACUAUCGCGAACUCGGUAGACAUUCCCGCAAAAAGAGAGGAAGAGGAAUUGCGCCGCAGCCAACUAUCCCUCCUACUACCGGUACUUCUCAUACGUUAUCACUUCAGGGUUGGAACGUGCGUUAUGAUUUUAAAACCGCCGUAUUCGCUGAGUUUCGUCAAGAAAUAGAUGUUGCUUUGCGUUCCUAUGAGCAAGCAUAUGACACUCUUCUCGGUGUCGAUGUUCUCGAAACCAUUCCUGGAUGGAAUCCUAGGUUUAAUGAUGCUCGGCUCCUAGCUGAUAUAAUAGCUAUCCGAGUCUUGAAAUGUUUACUAUGGGCCGGACAAAGCACCGCCGCCGUUAGGAGGUGGCAAGCGCACCACGAUAGAAUACUUGAUUUGGUCGAUCGAAGGGGUCGAGGGACGCAAAAUUAUGGGUGGAAAACCUGGCAAGCGAGAUGGAAUACGGUUAUGGCCAAUCUGAUCGAAAGAGUCCAGUUCCCCGAGUUGGAACCAUCCACUACCCUACCCUACCGCCCUCCCGAAAAGAAUCUGUCAGCAGAGCGUUUGCACCCGUGGGAACUUCUUCACCAUCAGGGAUACUGGUACCGAAUAGCCGCACGACAUCUUUCCUAUAGACGAAAGUUGGCGUGGUCUAUACCCGAAGAGGACCGCAAGCCGCCAGAUUCGUCUUCGCCGUCGCAGUCGAACAAGACCUACAGCUAUGACACAUACAUGUGCCCGGAGCCUCACGAAGAGUUUCCUUUAGAAGGAACUGGCGUAAAUCAUAGCCAGCUGAUUUUCAAUCACCUGAUGCUAGCACACAACGAAUUCCAGAAGCGACAUCAAAUUCGGACCUCGGCGGAGCUAGCGCUCGAGUGCUGUAAAGAAUUAGAGAGAAUGCAGGAGUGGAGGAAAAUCUUAAAAAUCCUGACCCCUCUGUGGAGAGACAUGUCUUACCGUACAGAAGGCUGGUGGGAUAUCAUGGAAGCUUUUAGUUGGACUCUAAGGGGUGCAGCGGUAGAAGUCGGCCAUAAGAACCUCAUUGUUGCUAUUGACUGGGAACUCUUGAACAAAGGUUUCUCUAGGCGGCCGGGUUGGCAUUACGAUAUAACGAAGUCUUUGGACGGCAUAUCUACAGAGAAUCGGCCUGUUAUAGAAAUCGGCAACGAGCAUGUAACAUCAUUCCUACAUGCUUCAUUUAUUUUCAAAAAUGACGAAGGAAAAGCUGGACAGAGUUGCCCAACCCAACUUUCGAUUACGUCUAACUCCUUCCAAGAUGCUGCACCGGUAGUGUUGGAGAGGAUUCGAAUUGAAUUCGACGGCAGCUUAUAUACAAUAUACUUGAGGCACAAAGCUAGUGAUAAUCAGGUACAUUCAUCUUCAAAGCCACGAGUUUCGAAAGUGGCUUUAGUCGAGACGGAGAGCAGUGAAGAUGACGAUUCUGAUGAUGAUGAUGAAUCGAACGCCGAGACGACCCCUACACUGGAGGGAACAGACGAUCUAACGCUAUUACCGGGUCAAACGCGAGUUUUUGAAAUGGACGUCCCAUUACGAGAACCAGGUGAUGCUAGAGCAUCUUCGGUACAGGUUUCAGUAGCACCGGAAUCUUUCACCCUUAGAUAUACGAUUAGGCUCCGAGAAACCAACCACGUUGGCCUAUGGUAUUCACAAACAUCUGCGAGGAAGAAGGUCACACGGACGAAUCCACACAAAAUCAAAGUCCUUCCAAGGCCCCCCAAAAUGGAGGUCAGGCUUCUUAAUAUGCUCGAGCAAUAUUAUGCAAGCGAAUAUAUCCCGCUUGAGUUGGAGAUACUUAACGAAGAAGAAGCGGAUGCCAAUACUAAAUUGGAUAUAGCCCUUUAUGGGCAAGAUGUCCCUGGCUACGCAGUGCAGAUUGAAGAUGGCACAGAAAAGACUAUUAAUGCUGGAGUGGAAGAAUCGAGGCUUGACGGAAUCUCAGUUGGGACAAUACCAAAUUCCAAGUCUACAAAAGCUACGAUUACCAUUGACCCGGUUGAUGGACCCAUAGUGCUUGAAUUGAUAGUGAGAGCACGGUAUCAUCUUGUGUCGGAUCCGGGAACACCGAUCAUUCAGCAAGCAACAUACCAGCUCAACAUUGUUAAUCCCUUCGAAGCAAGUUAUGAUUUAUCUCCUCGGCUACAUUCUGAGUGGCCAAGCUACUUCAACCCUGAAGAUAUUCAAGACCCAUCCGAAGGAGAUGAAGUCGUCCGGCGGCCUCGAGGACUAGCACAGAAAUGGUCUCUCGCCACCCGAUACGCUUCAUUUGCACAUGAAGAUCUAGCUAUACUAGGUUUGGACGUCAACAUUCUCUCUACACAAGGGAAUGUAAGCUGCAAGGCGUCCAAGGGCCAACCGCCCGUGACAGAUGAUGCGGUUAUUAGUCCCAAGACAAUCGAAGAAGCACAAUUUGAGCUCAUCGCGCAGAAAUUUGACCUGGACGACCGGUCGCCGGCAACGGCGGAUCUUGCUUUCAUCAUCAAGUGGCGCCGGCUCACGUCCCCAAAAGACACAGUGAACACUACAGUCUUACCACUUCCACGGUUCUUCGUCACAGUCUCGGAACCGCGCGUCCUAGCUAGCGUAUCUUACUACUCACCACCCAACCCAUCCACCUCGCAGUCCCCCUCUUCUUCCAACCCGCCACCUCAACUGCUCUUCCUAGACAUCACGAUCGAGAACCCGUCGUCGCACUUCCUGACGUUCGGGCUGGUGAUGGAGCCGAGCGACGAGUUCGCGUUCUCGGGCGCUAAGACGACGACGCUAAACGUGCUGCCCGUCGCGCGCAGGUCCGUGACUUAUAGGCUGCUCCCGCUCGUCAGGGGCGCGUGGAUACGGCCGACGCUCGUGGUUAGAGAUAAGUACUUCCAGAAGGUGCUGAAGAUCAUCCCGACGGAGGGCAUGAAGAGCGAUAGGGAGGGGGUGUUGGUUUGGGUGCCGCCUGAGGAGGAGGCGGAAGGGGAUGAGGAGGGUGGGGGUGAGGGGAGCGAGAGUGAAGAAACUGAGGAGGGAGGUUAG